GCAAAAAGUGGAUAAUAUGUUAGUGGACCUCUUCGUGAAAUAGUAUGAUAUGAACCGCUUCGGCAAAAGGGUUAGAACCACAUCGACAAACGGGUCAGCACUAAUUCAACAAUUAAUGGAUGCACCCACUUCGGCAAACGGGUUAGGAAAGAGUGUGAAGAGUCUGAAUUCGGAUAAAUGCUUCAUUGAGAAUUAUCCGGUUAUCCUUAUAGAUUAUCCGGAUUUUGCCCACCUCUGGUCCGAAGUGUAGCAAAACUCGAGCACUAUUCAGACCUGUGAAUGGAUGAGGCAGCAGCGGGAUCAAAUUAAUCUCGCGAUGCUGUUGGAGAGAAGAACUUUUACAUUUGUUUUAUAUCACUCAGUGGGCCGCUCUUGUGGGACUUCCCAGUGUCAUUUUGUACUCUCCUUGUCGGCGAGUGCCAUGGCUUGAUAGAAUUAACGAGCAUUUCAAGAGAUUGGAAUUAUUUCUGUUCUACAAAAGGAUGGACUAGAGUUUGCCUAUUGGAGCAGUUUUUUUGAAGAGACGGAGACUCUACGUUUGGUGCACCGGAUGACCGUCGAAUCGACCCAAAGCCGUGAGGGGAACGAUAGAAAUCACUCAGACAAAGUUGAGUGACAAGAGAAAACUGCAGAAGACAGGGGCACUCUUCAUUUUAUCGCACCUCGCCUUUGUGAUACGUUCACGCAACAAGCCACACGAACAAAAGGCCGUUAUCAACGUUCUCCAUCUCCGAGCCAGAUCUUUUGCAUUCUCAUCAUUACAAGCAAUCCGUGUGUCUGGAGUCACAGUUUUGGCGAACUCCUAUGGCCUACUCACCUCGUUUUAGUUGGGAUUAACUAGUCUCAAGACACAGAUACCAAUUAAGUUGAGGUUGUUUUUUUUUCUCUCUUUGAAGGGGAAAAGUCAGAGAAGUAUUUGUUGCUGCUGUUUCUUGCGAUGAAUAGACGACAGCUGGGUUUUUUUCUUCGAUCGAUAGAGUAAACAAAAUGUAAAACCUUUUGGGACGACAGUGAAAUAAACUUUACUGCUUGAGCCAUUCACUUAUAUAGGAAGUAGCCAAACCUUUAACGGUUUGUGUCUAUGCAGAUUCCAAAGAUGUGUUAAAUAAUCGAUGCAGCUUUCUCUGUGAGAGCUUCUUGCUUUAGUAUUCGAUUUCAAAGGAGGUUCUUUUAUUUUUUUGCUGUCUUCUUUUCUUCGCGAUCAAUUCACGUGAAAUUGGAAAUACAUUCGUGGAUAUUCGUCAGUCAAACAGAAUUGGAAACUUUGAUUCCCAGCGACGAUUUUACAACUGCAUAGAAAUUCCCCCCCGUACUCAACAAUAAAGAUGACGUCAUUGCUGAUAUCGAAUGUAACAAAUGGGAGCAUCCCUCUGCCCUCAGAGGAGAACCGUGUGCCUGAAGCGUCCAAUCAGGACGCUUUGAUCCUCACGAGGAUCAUUGUUCAGAAAUUCUGUGUGCCUUUGGUGGUGUUUGUAGGAGUGGUCGGGAAUUCCCUGAGCAUUGUCGUGCUGACACGAAAGUGUAUGAAGUCUUCAACUAAUUCUUACCUCACGGCGCUGGCGAUCUUUGACCUUCUUUAUCUCGUCUUCAGUUGCUCUCUCAGCCUCACGCACUACGACGCUUUCAGGCGGUCCUACUCGUACGUCCAUUGGUCACCUUGGUGUCACGUGUUUGCUGAUAUGUCCAGCAACGUCUCGGUGACCCUUACAGUAACCUUCACCUUGGAGAGGUACAUAGGCGUAUGCCAUCCAAUGAAAGGUCGGAUAUUGUGUACGCCCCAACGCGCCAAAAUUGUGACCGCAGUCGUUUCUACACUGGCCAUCCUGUGCACAGUGCCAGAGUUCUGGGAACGCGAGGUGGUCAUCGAAACUGGGCAGAACAAUGAGACAUACCCGACCAUCCGCUACACGGAUUUUGCCAACCGCGAGAGCUACCAGGUUGGAUACUACUGGUUCCUCGUGGUCAUGUUCACCCUCCUGCCGCUCAUUCUACUCUGUGUCUUCAACGGGAUCCUCAUCUGCACCGUCAUCAAAGCGGCCAAACUGCGUCGUGAAAUGACGCAUCUCUCCCCCUGCCAUUCGUCAUCAGCUGGCGACAGCAAGGGGGGAAACUCUCAACCGAAAGAGCAGCAGAAGAUCACCAAAAUGCUCAUCACUGUGGUGCUCGUAUUUAUCCUGUGUCAACUCCCUGGAGCGCUAUUGCUGUUGUACACGACUUAUCUCUCUCUGGCAGCCGUGAAAAUGUCGCGGGAACUCGGGAACAAUCUGAGGAUUGCCGGAAAUGUCAUCAAUUUGCUUAUUCAAAUCAACGCGUCCAUCAAUUUUAUCUUGUACUCCGCCAUCAGCACCAAGUUCCGUCGAGUCUUCUGGCGCACGAUAUGUAGGCGUGGCUACGGACGUCACAAUGCGCAUGGACGGGGCAUGUCAACGCUGAUGAUGUCACGGGGCGGGGACAGUGUCAGUCGCACUGACGCCAUUCACAUGUCCUCAUUAAAUGAUGUAAACAAGCCCGGAGGCAAGAAUCACCGCGGUUGCUCGUCUUAUGUCUUCAAAGGAAGGACUUUACUCAGACUGCAGACCACAGACAGAAUUCUGGGUAAAAAACACCACCAGCAACAACAACAUCAUCAUCAUCAUCGACAGUGGGACGAGCCGUCUUAUCGUACGUCACGAAAACCGUGGAGAGGAAAGCCGAAAGACCAGAACGGUAUGACUUACGACGGCGGGAGUAGUCGUCGUCCAGACGAUCCUGCGCUCCAGAACGGCGCUGGCGGGAAAAUGAGUAUCUUGCAGACGUGGGGAUUUCGACGCAAAGCUUUCGAUCAGCCGACUGGGAAUUCGGAUGUUCUAAAUCGAAAGUCGGACCAUCAGAACGGAAUUUACAACUGUCGGUCGAAUCUCGAGGAAAGAACGUAUCUUACUCCGAACCGUGAUAUUAUGCCGGAGACGAAAAGCGCUACUGUUGGAAACGGAUCUACAUGUAGGGCUGAUGUUUAGUGCUCAAUCAUAUUACUUAUUGUUAAUACUAUCAAAUUCAACAUCAUACGUUUAAUCAAUGAUUUAUAUCAUUAUCAUUUUUAUUACUACAAUGAUAAUAUUAUUGUUAUUAUUACAAUUGUUAUUAUU